UUCAUAGACUAUGGACUUUAGAACAUUUCUAAACGAAUAAAAAAAAAAGAAAGUGACAGAAGUCAGUUGUCUACCUGACAGCUGAGAAUAUUUUUACUCAACGAUUUUUUCGCGCGCGUUUCGUGUACAUUGUGAAAAAAUAUCGAAUUCUUCAUAAACAACGAAAGAUAUUGAAAAUGGCUAAAAAAAAGUCAAUGCAUGAUGACGAAAUUGCGAAGGCGCUGCAUGAGUUGGAAUCUUCUGAGGAUGAAGACGAAAUAGAUAUCUACAGUUUUAGUGACACUCGUCUAACCGUAGAUAUGAACUCUGCUUUAGACAAAAUCCAAAACGUAUCAUAUGAAGAGCUUUUGGAGACAUUGGAAUCGUCAAAUUCAACUUUCGAAGAAGUUCCGCAUGUGGUAACUGAGGAGUCGUCACAUCAAAUAUAUCUUUCUACUACUUCUAAUGAUGUGCAUAUGAGUGAACCAUCUUUGCCUAUGGAUUGUGAAAGGAAUUUCGAUCAAAGCGAGCCUCAAAUAAAUGACUCUUCAAUGCCCGUAGAAAAUGUAGAGAAUGAAGAAUAUUAUAGAGAAUUGUUUCAGGUUUAUAGUGGAUUACAAAACAAGGUUCGCCAGUGGUCAAGUAAUGUCGAAAACUUCACAGAAAAAAGAGCUUUUGAGAAGGAUCUCAAGUCCCUUAUUACAGUAAGCCGAGCUACACCUGCAAAUUAUUUUUCAAAGAUGUUUCCAGAUGAGUUGUUAGAAAUAUUAGUGACAAACACAAAUAAAUAUGCUUAUUUCAAAAAAUCAAAGUUUUGGAAAGACACAAACAAAGAAGAGCUUACUGCAUUUCUAGGAAUAUUUAUACUCAUGGGAUUGAACCCUUUGGCAGAUUUUGAAUUAUAUUGGUCCUCUGAUAGAUUUUAUAAUAACACAGAAAUUAGCAGUAUAAUGCCGUUGAAAAGGUUCAAAAAAAUUUUGGAGAAUUUUCAUGUAAGUGACAUAACCAAGGAGCUACCACGAGAUCAUCCAAAUUAUGAUAAGUUGGGAAAACUAAGACCAGCUAUAUCCAUUGUAAAUCAAACAUUCCGGACGUGUGCAGAGAACUCUAACCACCAAUCAAUAGAUGAGAGCAUGGUGAAAUUCAAGGGGCGGGAUAGGAGUCCCAUAAUCUAG